AGGUUUAACAAUGACAACAGAUGAAAGCAUCUUAAGAAGUGAAUUGUGGCCUUCUGAAGAACCGUCCCUUUUCUCUACAACGGGUGAAGCGAACAGUGCAAUGGAACAAACAGCGGAGACUGGGAAUGUUAAUUAUAAUGACAACACUACACAACCCAGUAUGGAUGUUAAGGAUAAUAUUACAAGUCCAAGUGACAGUGUGCAGGACAAUAUAACAAUGCAGUUGGGGGAUAGCAAUCCUUCAGAACCUUCACCCUUAUCUUCACUCCAGCCUACAGACUCAGUCUCUACUAUGGCUUCUUCUUCUGAGAUUUCAAGUGUUUCAUCAGUAACAAACACAUUAUUGACCACUUUGAUUACAAGGACUCCACAAGUUCAGACAUCAAAUGUUGUUACUUCAAAACCAACUAAUUUUACAAUAGCAACUCCCACAAUAAAAACACCUGCCACAGUUGUUCCUCAAACCACAAUGACAAGUAGUACAGUUUCAGUGCCCCCUUCAAGUACUAACAGUACUACUACUACUACAACUACUACUACAACUACUACUGCUGCUACUACUACUACACAUGCACCUACAACACACGCACCUACUACAAUCAUUGCUACAACUCUAUCAGACACCACCACUACAUCAGCUGUUCACCCUCAAAACAUAACCACAUCAGCUGUAGCCUCCACAGUGAUGACCACCAAGACAACAAAAGCUCCUUUGGUGCCAGUGUCAAAUGCUACUACUGGUUUGAGCACAAUUCUGAGUACCAUACUUUCUACACCAGAAACAACACCUCCCCAAUUUGGAUGCCAACCCUCAUCAGAAACUAUGGUUAAAACAGUUCUCACCCUGAAGAGUCCUCCAAAAGAUAAUGAGCCUACUUACCGACAGGCCCUGAGGGUGUUCCUUAACAGUACUCUUAAUCAAGCGUUGAACAUGUCAGUUCAAGUCGUUCUAGAUCCGACACCAGUACCUACCGAGUCGACGAAUAUGACCGUUGGAUAUUCUGUAUUUGUGAACUCCUCACUUUACAUCCCUUCAGCCAUCGUAUCUGUCCUCACAGGAAGUGAUGUGUUCAAUGUCACUCGCCUCAUAACUUACAUUUCAACCCUUCAGUCGGUGCCAGUAAAAGCUGAACCAUGGAAAGCAGAACCUGCCAUAAGCUUUAGGCUAAGAACAGUGUUGAAGUUGAUGGGGACAGGAGGGAAUGUGAACACAUGUGUCUAUGUUCGGAGCAUGGAGCAGAAGUUGCAGAAGGCUUUUGAGAUAGCAGAGAUGACCAGCAUGGGGAUACAGAGCAACCUCUCAGUCCAGAUUUUGAGCACAUCGAAGGUGAACCAGUCUCUGACUCUGAUCUACGUUGUAAGGAAUAACAGUCAACUACUAGAUGGUACAACAGCCAGCAGCCUUCUAAAUGUCCUGUCUGGAGAGGUAGUCGGCUACUAUCUAGGGGACCCUCCUUCUAUUAUUGCAGAACCCUUAUAUUAUCCAACUCUUGACAUCUCACCUUCAACAAUGAACUACUGGGUGACCACAGUUAUUCAGGGGGUCGAUUCCCAGUUACUGGGGUCAAAUAACCAAAGUUUUGCAAGACUAAUGGAGGAGAGACUGGCCAUACUCUUUCAACUUUCCAGCCAACAAUCAAGAAGAUUUAAAAGAGCAACUACAGUGGGGAGCUACACUGUGCAGAUGGUGACCAUGAAGAGAUUGGAGGGUGCUAAUAAUCUGGCUGAGUUGACUUACUACGCUUUGUUAGAUAGACAACCAAUACCAGGCACAGUGGCUGCCAAGCAGCUGAGUACCAUCGAUCCUCAAACCAUGGCACUGACCCUUGGUUAUAUUGUGAAGGUGCAAGCCAACCCCGUGGUCCAAAAACCACCAACACAAUCUAUGGAUAAUUGCAGCUGUGCUGGCCCCCAUAGCGGUUGUGACUGUCAUCAUCAUCAUCAUCACUGCUGUCCUUUGCCGGAAGAACAAAAGUGACUUCAAGUCUGAUAAUCUCAGCAACAUGCCUCCGAGGACCAAGCCCGUCCAAGGCUUUGAUUAUGCCAAGCAGCACCUGGGCCAGCAAGGAGGCGAUGAAGAUGCCCUUCCAGUAACUCAUGAGACUGUGGUGCCAUCUUUGAACUUGUCGCAGGAAAGGGACAGCACUAAGGAUGGGAGUACAGAAAAAAUGCUGAAAUCUUCAGACACAAGAAAAAGCCGGUCGCCUUGUGAAAACGGUUUCCGUCAUCAGCAACGAAUCAGAGGAGGCCAGUUCAGACCAGAGCACUCCGCAGAAACUCAUGGCUCAGCACAGGAUGACAAAGGAUGAGGCGUGCAAGUGGAACGUGCCUAUAAGUGAUGAAGAGGAAGGAAAUAUACACUUUGACAAGAAUAACAAGAUGGUACCCGACCCAUUUGACUCAUCUUCUGGUUCUGUUAAACUGAUUGCAAUUAAGCCAGUUUCGAUGCCGCCUUCACUGUCGGUGACAGAUAGAAAUCAGGAAAUGUCCAUCAUUAAUGGAGAGGUGAACAAAGCACUUAAGCAGAAAUCUGACAUAGAGCACUACCGCAACAAACUGCGUCUAAAAGCAAAAAGGAAAGGCUACUAUGACUUCCCUCCAAUAGACAACAGAUCAUUGAAUGACAAGAAGAGGAAAGCCUUUGAGAAAACUCAAAUGGAGAUUGACAAUGUGCUGGAAGGAAAUACAGAUUCUUCUCCCCCUUUUGUGGAGGCUAAAAACAGGCAACCUUCACUAAAGAAUCAUCCAUAUAGGAGUCGCCAAUCUUUGAACAGUCCAAGCCCAGGAGAGACUGAAAUGGAUCUUCUAGUAACUCGGGAACGACCACGGCGUGGUAUCCGGAACAGUGGCUAUGAUACGGAACCUGAAAUUAUUGAAGAAACGAAUAUUGAUCGGGUAAAACAAGCCAGAACGUAUAUUAAAUCUCGUCAAGCUAAAGGUCAUUCUGAGACAUCUACGCUGAGCUCUCAGCCUUCGAUUGAUGAAGUCAGGCAGCAGAUGCACAUGCUGCUAGAAGAGGCCUUCAGCCUGGCAUCCGCGGGGCAUGGAGGACCCAAGCGUCAAGCAGAUCCAUAUGCUUCAGUGCAGCAUAUGCCAUAUUCAGAAGUUGUCACUAGUGCUCCUGGCACAAUGUCUCGACCUCGGAUGCAGUGGGUGCCAACGUAUGGACCUGAAAUGUAUCAGUAUAGCCUUCCCAGACCGACAUACCGUUUUUCCCAACUCCCUGAAAUGGUUAUGGGCUCUCCUCCACCACCGGUACCACCGAGGACAGGUCCUGUGGCUGUUCCUUCAUUAAGGAGAUCCACAUCAGAUAUGACCAACAAGAACAGAGUGCCAGAGCCCAGUGGGAAUGAGCAAGGCCCAGGUAAUACAGUUCCUGGUGUGUUUGCCAUCCCAGGGAAUCGUGCAGGAUAUACUGGCUAUUACAUUCCACAGCCACCAGCUGCCUACCGAAACCACGCCUGGAUGUCAUACUCGGGAGAAAAUGAUUUGCCAGGACAAUGGGCAGACUCGGUUCCCCUCCCUGGUUAUAUUGAGGCUUAUCCGAGGUCAAGAUACCCUCAGAACUCUCCUUCCCGUCUCCCUAGGCAGUUUGGUCAACCUGCUAACCUACACACGAGCUUGGACCAUGCUGCUGGAGCAUCAAUUGGAGCUUCUCAGCAAAGUCUGGCCGAUACCGACACUCCGGACGCCUCGAUCACCAAUUUAUCUACAGCUGCUUUGGUAAAAGCCAUAAGAGAAGAAGUUGCCAAACUGGCAAAAAAAACAGACGGAUAUGUUUGAGUUCCAGGUGUGA